AUGAACUUGUCAAAUAUUUGUUGUAGUGUCAGGAUGCGGCAGCAUUUCUCCAGUACAAGCUGGCGUUAUAUCCUUUGGAGCAAUAUCAAAAGGUACUGAAACCUUGCAUUGUACAUUAUUUUAAGCCACAGAAUAGCCUGUGCCACAGAUGAAAUGAAACCUCUGUUUUAGUCCAUCUGCAAGUCAGCCUCAAAAUCCUUGUUCUGGGUCCUCAGCUGGGUUUAUGGUCAGGUCGCCCGAAACAAGAGAUUUUUUUUUUCACUAAUAAACUUUCUAUUCAGAAAGAUAAAUAUUAACAGUUUGCUUUUUUGAGAGUGGGACAUCUUGUCUCCACUAUUUUUAAAUUACUAUCCAAAUUGUAACAAAAACAGGUUACUUACAAACAGCAAAUUACAUAGAUGCAGAGUUAUGUCACCCGAAAUGCUGAGUUCUAUCGCAUGGUAUUGGCUGGGAUGAUGUGAAGUUCACGUAAAAUAUUUUAGAGGUUGCAAUUAAACUGUAGUCUAAUAAUUCUUAAGACAUCUGCACAUUUAAUUGAUUGAUUGUUUGAAACAUCAGCAAGUCCAUGCUCAGCUGCCUCAAAGCAAACAAUGCAGAAUAUUGUAAUGACGACGGUUGAAUUCUGAUCAUUUGACAACACUGAACCGCAGACCUCUAAGGAAACCAACUUCCCAUUAAUAAUUAAUCGGAAGUUCAAGUGUUUAAUUGGUCUUAAAAUAACUUUAGUGAAAUUCACACAUCCCAAGGGCAAGACUGGACAUUUCCCUUUCUGCCCCACUCACUUUAACUGUGCUCAAAGGUUUCUCAGGUUUUAAUUAUGUUCAUUGUUAUGAUAUCUUUUAGUGUCUUCAAAGUGCGGGGAUAUCAUAUGAUGCAAAACUGA